AUGGAAGAAGUUACAGUAGUAACUGUUCCAGAAGAGAAAACUAUUUAUUUGGAAACAGAUAAUGACCGAAUGGUUAUGAUUAUUCUGAUGGUCGUCAUGCCGCCUCUUGCGGUAUUCUUCAAAUGUCGUGGAUUCUCUAAACACGUUUGCCUCAACUUUCUUCUCUACCUUCUUCUUAUUCUUCCUGCUUACAAGCAUGCCACGUGGUUUUGUUUCGUUAAAGGAAGAGAAAGUGAAGCUGAAAAUGGUUUUGUCAAAGCUCGAUAG